GCACAUACCAUUCAAUCUCUCUCUGCUAAAUACUAUUCGAUCAGGAAGAAGAUGAAGACAGGGAAGCUUUUCCUUUGAGCGGAAUGUUGUCUGGGUCGAGGCUUGCAAUGAAUAUUAUCUAUGAGAAUGGAACAUAUUGAUAGAUCUCGGACCAGGCUUCAUUCCCCUGAACCGUAGCUUCCUAUAACCCCUUUUAACAGAUUCUCCAUCGUUCCAUACUUUUUCUUACAUGCAUCGAUAGUUUUUGGCUGCGAUUUUUUUUUUUUUAAAUGAUUUUAGUUUACCUGAAGAGUUUAAUUUUCUGAGUUGUUGUUUAGUUCCACGCAUGAACUCUUGAGCCUUCUGUGGCAAAUUAAAGGCUUUUCAUCAUUACCUCGUCAUUAGUAUGGUGUUUAUUUUAAUGCACAAAAAUCUUUGUUCGUACACAAUAUUAUAAGUUUUCUACUAAAAAUCUAUCAGCAAUUGAUAGAUUUUGUUUAAGUUUUGAAAUUGAAUCUCUAUGCGGAUUAAUUAUAUGGUGCAUAUACACAACUGGAUCAGCUAUCGAGUCAAAAACAGGAUACAGGAGUGUCGCGACACGUGGCCAAUUGCAAUUAGCCAUGCGAAUCCUUAUCCUCCUCGCUCAUAUCUCCUCCCCGUUCCAUUCCUCGUCCGGCGACGGCGGCGGCGGCCAUGGCUUUGGUUUGGCCGGUAACAGCGGCAGCACGCGGGGUCCACUUCGAGUGUAGGGCUUCGAAGGAAGUAGCGCGGCCACGGCCGUCCUCUACUCCGCCCACCGGAAGCAAGAUUUUCAAGCUCCCCCCUCGAAUCGGACCUCUCUUCUGGCCGUGGGAAAAGGUUAAAGUUGGCCCGUUAUCUGUCUCGCCAAUGGGAUUUGGAACUUGGGCUUGGGGAAAUCAGCUACUCUGGGGAUAUAGAGAAGACAUGGAUACCGCAUUGCAGGAGGUAUUUAAUUUGGCUCUCAGGAAUGGAAUCACUCUCUUUGAUACCGCCGAUUCCUACGGGACAGGAAGGUUGAAUGGACAAAGUGAAAGACUUCUUGGGAAGUUCAUUGGUGAAUUUCAAGGACCAAGUAUUAGAAAUAACAUAGUGAUUGCUACAAAGUUUGCUGCAUAUCCAUGGCGCCUGACAGCUGCACAGUUUGUUAAAGCCUGCAAGUCUUCAUUAGAAAGGUUGCAACUUGAUCAAAUUGGCAUAGGUCAAUUACAUUGGUCUACUGCAAAUUAUGCUCCUUUACAGGAAAAGGCUCUUUGGGAUGGCCUUGUUGCAAUGUAUGAAGAGGGAUUAGUUCGUGCUGUUGGUGUUAGCAAUUAUGGUCCAAAGCAACUCAUUAAGAUUCAUGAUUAUCUAGAAUCUCGAGGUGUGCCAUUAAGUUCGGCUCAGGUCCAGUUCUCUUUGCUGAGUAUGAGUGAAGCUCAAAUGGAACUCAAACAAGUAUGUGAUUCUCUUGGCAUUUGUUUGAUUGCAUACAGCCCUCUUGGGCUAGGAAUGCUAACCGGGAAAUACACAGCAGCUAAUCUACCUCCUGGACCGCGGGCUUUACUGUUUCGUCAAGUGCUCCCCGGUUUAGUUCCUUUACUCAAUUCCCUGAAAAACAUAUCUGAAAGGAGGCAGAAAACAAUGUCACAGGUUGCGAUAAACUGGUGUAUUUGCAAGGGGACUGUUCCGAUUCCUGGAAUAAAGUCAGUGGGGCAAGCAAAGGAGAACCUGGGAGCCCUCGGUUGGAGACUAAGCUCUGAUGAGGUUUUGGAGCUGGAAUCAGCAGCUAUGAGUUCAAGUAAGAAGAUGAUUCAAAACAUCUUCCAAACCAAAUAACAAGCUUCUUUUCUUGCUGUUACAUUACUAUUACUGCAAAAACAAUGAAUUAUUUGUUGUUUAUUGGUUAAACAGUUGCAUCAUUGUACCCUGUUAGAUCUUGUGGAUCAUCUCAGAUAACUUUUAAAAUACGAAUCUGUUCACCUUU